AUGGCAUCGAUAAACAGCCCAACACAGGUGACAGUUCGAAACCUUCGUGUUCGUGAACCCUUUCAUGGCGACGCGUGUGAGGAUGCAAAAGACUGGCGGGUGCAGUACGAAGGGGUAGCUAAGUCGAAUCACUGGCGCUCCGACGAGAAGCGCUCCAAUGUAUACUUUGCCCUCGAAGGUAGUGCGAAAACAUGGUUCCACAACCGCGAGGGAAAUCUGACAACGCGGGACGAGUUUUCCCACCAACUACUCGAGACGUUCCGUAACAUCUAUCGAAGUGAAACCGUGCAACGCCUUCAUAAGUAUCGAAUCCAGAAGCCAAAUGAGGCUGUCGCCAUGUUUGCCGAGGAGAUGGCGUGCUUGUUCCGCCGCGCGGAUCCCAGCAUGCCCGAGUCCAAGAAGAUGAGCCAUCUCAUGCGUGGCGUCAAAGAACAGCUCUUCGCUGGCCUAGUGCGCAACCCGUCGUCAACAGUGGACGGGUUCAUCAAGGAGUCCACGGUAAUCGAGCGGGCGCUCCAGCAACGCCCCCAGAAGUACGACCGCGUCCCUAUGGGUGCCCAGCUAUACGCUGGUGGCAACGAAGACGACGACCGACACGCUCGAGAGUGCGAGCACUUCCUAGAGACGAAGAGGAAGACGCUCCUGAGAAGGCUUGGUGGUCUUGCAUUGCUGCGUCGGGUGUACGGGUAUGAGAAGACAGAGAAGGAAGAUACCUUUGUGCAAAAGACCGAACAACUGUCAAAGCCAGAACUGCCACAUCGUGGAGAGCGUCAAAGUUUGAGGCCCCUGGACCUGAAUGACAACAUCCCAGCAAGGGCUCAAGUUUUCUCUGGCAGCAGCAGAGCAGAGAACAAAGUUGUGGCUGGGUCUUCCAAACCAACUGUCGAAAAGAGCCCCAUCAAGCGGAAACCACCGGCAGCUGUGAGGCACUCCCCUUCACGAGGUUCAAUGGGCCAGCUGCAGUCACGCCGACCUGGUACUUUGGGGGAUUCGAAGCCGGCGUCUGACGAGAAGCCCCCAUCUGGUCAUGCUGCCGAAAACCAGGCCGAGAACAUUGUUCCGCAUGUGAGCCCACAGCCAGGUGGCAAACAAUUGGACGCCUUUGACACGUUUGGCGAGGAAGACCCAAGUUGCAGCAGUACUUUGUCGGGAGAGGAAGAGCCUCAAGCCACUGCUUUCAACAAGUAUUGCUCAGUGCUCCCUGAUGUUCCGUGUGACAAGGGAGAGCCAACAUCACCGAAAGUGUUCAGCGUGACCUUUCAUACAACCUCGACAUCGUACCUGCAGCCUUCUGAAAGACAGGCCUCCAGUUCCAAAAGUGCUGUUGCCAAAGUGCAACUGCCCAGUGUACCCGAAAACUGUGGGACAGUGCAGUCCAGUCCAGGUUUGUCUAGUUUGUGCAGCGACCUUACUUCCCAUGUACAGAGCAGUGCUCAAGUGGGGCCACCAAGAAAGGAAUUAGACUUGCUUGCAGCCGAACAGCCAAGUUUCCAGCACGAAGCCUCUGAAAGAAGUACAAGUCUGUUAGGGGAGGUAGAACUUGAAAAAAGGGAAGUUUCUUGUGAGGGCGAGAAAACCGUUGAGACAAAGCUUGAAGAAUUGAACCUUCAAAGAAAGAGUGAGCGGAGUGCCUCACUUUCAGAGUCCGUACACAGCAUCUUGAAAGCCAACGCAAGGGAAGACGACAAACCACGCCACUCUAUUCUGAAGAAUCGCUCAAGCAGCUCAGAAGAGAGGGACCACUCUCCUGAGCUCCACUCUAUACUCAAAAGCAAGGAGGACAUUGCCAAACCAGAGGACACUGCCAAGCCUAAGCCAAUUCUCAAGAAGCACGAGGACACUUGUGUUCAUAGUGAGCCAAAACCCAUCCUCAAGCGCAAGUCCGUCGACGAGGAUGCCGAGGAACGCCUGAAGCCCAUACUCAAAAACCAGCAGCAGAGGCGUUGGAGCCACGAGCACUCCCCGGACAAAGGAGACGCCAUUGUUGUGCGGAGGAGGUCUCACUCCACUGAACUCGAAACCAAACCCGUCCUCAGUUUUGUGGAAACUGCAGCAAACACUGUUGCAGUACGGACUGGUACAGAAGAAAAACCUGAACCUGGUAGGCUCCACGAGUGUGUUGUGGCCGAUUCCUUGCAAUUGGCUCUGGAAGGGGGACAUUCAGUGUCAGAGUCCAAGGUUGUGAGCUGUCCCCUAUCGGACAGCACUUCGGGACCUCUUGGCACUGGUCUUCAGGCUGACAUCUCUCCACACAGAGCAGCAGUUGACGAGGUUGCCCUAAGAAGGAACAGGCCCAUUGCAUUGAGGUCUCCGCCAUUUGCUGGCUUUUCCAGCAGCACGUCGUCACCGGAAGAGAAAAGAUACUUCAGGCGGAAUGCCUCCUGCUACAAGACCCAGCCUGUAACAGCCAGCGAGAUCAAGGCAACAGAUAGCUUGGAGUCUGUGCGGUCCUUUCGCAAUCUGGUGCUGAAGGAAGCGUCGUUGAGUAUCUUCAACAAGGAAGCCUUCAGGCAAGAUCCGCAGGCAUACAGCAAGAAACCCGAAUUCCCACUGCCUUACAGCCCACCUUCCAAAAGCACUCGUCAGCAGCGGGAACGCCGACGAACCCUGCCAGUGACAUCGGAAGAGCUGGAAGAGGCCAUCAAGAUGGAUGCUGCUGGUCAAAAGAGAAUACCAAGCCCUGCGAAAACAGUUGAUGCUACGAAAGAUGACGACACUUUGGAUCCCAGCAAGCUUAGUGUGGCAGCGAAGGUGUCUAUGUUUAAGAAGUCGGCAGUGCUGGAUGCUCCCCGAAACGGUGCAGAGCGAAAGCGACCAGCACGGUUCACUGUAGCCGAGCGCCGUCUGCGCUCCCAGACGCAGCCUGUCACGACGGAGGAAGUGCAGCUGGCAGCCAAGGAGAUACAGGAACAGGACAAGCAGCCUGAAGUCAAGGAGGACGAUCUGUCCAAGAUGAGCCUUGCUGACAAGCUCAAGAUGUUCAACCAGAAGGUCACCCUGGAUGUGCUAACACAGAAGCCACCCAUGCGGUCCAACAGUAUGCGGCGAUCUGUGGGGUCCAAGUCGUGCGCUGAACCUGCUGUGCCUGCAUUGGCCACGCUUGGUGUGCCGCUCAACCGUAUACGCUCGCAUUCAUCUCCUCCAGAAGACCCAGUAGAGCCUGCUCCUGGAACCACCCCAAAAGGAAUUCUGAAGGUGCAAGCGGGACCCCAGCCUGUUGUCAAAAGCAUAUUGAAGCAGGACCAACACCAGGAGGUCAAGGAAGACGUCAAGGGCAUCCUGAAACAAGAGCCUGUUUCGGAUGCAGCACCUGCAACUCCCAUAAAGCCCAUUCUAAAGCCAGAGAAGCCCUCUGCCGAGUCUCCAAAAAGCUCCGGCAGCGAGUCAUCCUCAGAGGAUGAGGGGGAGGAGGAGGAGGACGAGGAAGAGGAGUCGAGCUCUGAAUCGAGUUCUGAGUCGUCUACCGAGGAAGGCAGUGAGACCGAGGACAAGAAAAAGAUUCUUCUGGGUGGUCAGCGACAUCUAGUGAUUGCGCAGGGCUCUUCACCACAAGCUUCCCGCAAGGUCAUCUCAAACCCGGCAGUCCAGAGGAAGCUCAAUGCUUCACUGCGCCGCAAGGAGGAAGAGCGGUGAGGGGAACUCCUCCUUCUCUGAUCUGACUCUCUUGCCUGCUUGUGGCGCCCCUUCUUCCAUGUGGCAACUUCGGGGGUUUGAGCACUGUGCAGUUGUAGAGAAUGUGGGGAAAAGUAACCUUGCUCGUUUCCCUCCCGGUGCUUUACUCUCCUGCAUGCUUGUGGAAAAGCCUUUUUUGUUGCUGCUAGUGGCUGUGAGCGGUGCUCUUGCUUGGUAUCUGAAGCUUUGUUAUUUGAACAGUUCUUGUAAAGUUGUGCUUGUUGCUUGGACAUUGUUCCACCUUCUGCUUUGAACUGGGUGUGGCUUUCCCAUGGCUAGACUGCUGAUGUGUGGGUGCUAUUGUGGCCAGUGAGGUCAUUCUUUUCUCUUUGAUGUGAAGCAUUGUUCUUUAGAUUAGGGCUUUCCUUGCUUGUUUUAUUUCUUUCUGACUUAAGCAGUCAAUGCGAGCUUUGUCGAGUUCCUGCAGGUUUUUUAUAUAUUUUAAAGUUUGAGUGGGUGAGAGUUUUAAAGUAAGGUGUUGCAAGCCAUUAUACUUAUUCUUAACGUUGGACUGCUGCUUCAAACUAGUUGUACAGUUUACUUCGUGCAAUAAAUUUUUACUUCAUGGA